AUGAAAAAGAUGUCUAGGGAACUUAGGCAAUGGAGAGCCUAUUUUAGGUCAUCAAACUUGAACAUUUUUUACAUAAUUGAAUUUGCUUUAAGAGUAGCAGCCAUUGAUCACCCAAAAGAGUUUAAAUUAAGAAGAGAUGGAAUUAAUGAGCUACUCUUCUCAAUUGGGGAUAUUGAUAGUGAUAAGGUAGAAAAUGUUGUUGAUGUUGAGGGUAAAAGAAAGUGUAAAAAUGAGUUAAAUGAUUGUGAUGUUGAAAAAAGGAAAAGUGAAAGCAAUGUUGAAGUUGAGGCAUUGAGUGAUGAGAUAGAGGAAGAGUCUCGAGUUGUUAACGAGGCUCUAUGGAUCAAGAAAAGCUAUGUUGAAGUUGAGGCAUUGAGUGAUGAGAUAGAGGAAGAGUCUCGAGUCGUUAACGAGGCUCUAUCGCUCAAGAAAAUCAUCGAUAACAAUCAAAAUGAGUCUGAUUCGAAUAUAUAUAAGAGCUUAAAGAGGCUUCAAAUGAUGGCUUUGUCCGUGGAGAUUCUGCAGAACACAGAAAUUGGGAAGUCUGUUAAUACUCUCAGAUGGCACAACUCAAAAAAUAUUCGAUGUCUGGUCAGGAAGAUGGUCAAGGGGUGGAUUGAAAUGGUACAAGAGUGGGUGGAUGCUCGAGCAACAUUAACAGAAAGGAAAUCUGAGUCUACGAAAGCAUUCGUUGUUGAUGAAGAAGACGGAGGACUUCCUGCCCCGCCCUUGGAGGACAUACCUUUCCUUUUUACGCAGACAACUUCAAUCGAGUUGUCACAAAUCUUUGAUGGCAUGGAUGAUGAUGGAAAUGUUGUAAUCAGCGUGGGCGAAAAGGACGAGCAAGAAAAGAAACAAACUUCAGUACUUGUCAAACCAAAUAUGCCUCCCGGAGGCAACUCAGGACGUGGAAGAACAACUAAGCCAACACUCGAACAGAAGCUCAACAAUGAUCAUGAAAUGAAACUCAAGGAGAAAUCUGACCAAAGAAAAAUUCAAACAAGGCCUGUGUCUACUCAACAAAACAAACUGAAAUGCCCCGAUGAGGAUGCAGAACAUUUGAAACUUGAGGCAACAAAGAGAAAGCUCCAUGAGUGUUACCAAGAAGUUGAAAAUGCCAAGAGGCAGAGGAUUCAAGUAAUGAAGUUGAAGGACAUACCCAAGCAAGGCUGUGGCAUUAGAAAGCCUCAUAAUAGGCCUUUGAAAUGCCCUGAAUUGCAGUUUGCACAUCAGAAUAAGUGCAUUUACAUGUGGCUGGAUCAUUUUGUUUACAAAUGA